CACUCCCAGACUGCGCCAUAUAUUGGAAAUCUCGUUGGAAGUCUUUCUUCUAUAUUAAUGAGCGGUCGUCUCAUCUUGUACCUUUGAAUGCGGACAAAGGUUUGGAUCUGAACACCAUCGCUUUGCUGAGAUUCCAAAAAUGACGUCCAUAACCAUCUCCGAUCGCUUCUCUGCAGCACCGCAUGUGAACGAUGGAAAACACCACAUCCUGCUCGGGGCCAGCGGCUCCGUCGCAACGAUAAAGAUACCUAACAUUGCACAGGCUCUCGCCCAACAUCCCAAAGUAUCGAUCCGCAUCGUAUUGACCCGUUCGGCGGAGGAGUUUCUGCGAGGCCAGUCGGCCGAACAGCCUCUGCUCGAGUCUCUACAGAAACUACCAAACGUCGACGGCAUAUACCACGAUGAAGACGAAUGGUCAAAACCCUGGGUUCGAGGUGAUAGUAUAUUGCAUAUCGAGCUGAGGCGAUGGGCUCAUGUUAUGCUCGUUGCGCCUCUCUCUGCCAACACUAUGGCGAAGAUGGUAAACGGCAUCAGUGACGGGCUUUUGCUUAGCGUGAUGCGCGCAUGGGACACUACAGGCUUGGUUGACUGUAAAAAGAAGAAGAUAUUCGUCGCACCUGCGAUGAACACUGCGAUGUGGAGGCAUCCGAUCACAAGAAAGCAGAUCAAAGUGCUGGAACAGGAUUGGGGAAACGAUGAAGACGGAUGGGUCAAGGUGUUAAGACCCAUGGAGAAGGAACUGGCCUGUGGAGACGUUGGUGAUGGCGCGAUGAUGGAUUGGAGACAUAUUGUACAGCAUAUCGAAACUCAUCUAGAUCUUGUUGUACAGAAGGAAGGCACAAAUGGUCAGUGAGGUCUAUCUACGCAAGCACAGCGCCUUUGAUCAUGUUGGGCUCUUCUUUCGUCCGGCGGUAAAGGUAGUCGCCCAGCAGACCAAAGGAAAUAACACCACCUGUGAGCCAAGCUCCAUUCUUGAACCACCACCAACAGUCCUUGACGUCCUUGAGGUUGACUCGUCGAAUCAUGGUGGCCAGAGUCAAUGCAGCGCCUCCGCAACUUCCAACGAAAAAUAUAGGACCGGCUCCGGCAAAGUAUCCGGCUGCUGCCAGCAGACCGACUUGAGUGGCAGAGAAGACAGAAAGAGCUGCCUUUGCAUUGUGCUCAUGGGCCUGAGCAAUCGACUUGAUGCCUGCCUUGGCAUCAUCUUUGAUGUCCAUAUAUGCAUAUAUCAUGUCAUACACCAAGGUCCAAGAUACGCAGCUGGAGUAAAGUGCAGCAGCUGCUGCAAUAGCUGAAGGGUUCGAUAUCAAGUCAAUGCCCAGGGCGGGGAACCCCACAAUGGCUCCCCAGGAGAACGUCAGACCAAGGACGAACUGAGGAUAAUGAGUAACUCUCUUGGCUAAAGGAUAUGUAGCCACCAGAAGGAGACUUGGUACGGCGUAGUAGAGGCAAGGGAGAGGGAAUUGCAGAAGAACAGCCAGUCCCGUGAAUAGCUGGGCCCCUAAAUAUAUGAUCGCAUUUUCCACUGAAA